CAUUACCAGACAAAAACUGACAUCACAUUUCAGAGCGAUCUGUAAAGAGCUGAUUUCUGCAAUCCAAGCAUCUUACCUCUGCAAUUAAAUUUGGCAGCAUCAUAAUGUCUUUCUGCACAUCUAAUCGAAACAAAACAAGAUGGAAAAAUGUGAAUGUUAGAAGAUGGAAUUGAAAGAGAUUCCAGCUGACAAUCUCACCCGCCCUUUGGGCAGGAAUGAGGUCAUAGGUUUACUCUUCCGCCUCACAAUAUUUGGUGCCGUCACCUAUUUUACAAUUAAGUGGAUGGUUGAUGCCAUCGAUCCAACACGAAAACAGAAAGUUGAGGCACAAAAACAGGCGGAAAAACUCAUGCGGAAGAUAGGAGUGCAGAAUGUGAAGCUUUCAGAAUAUGAGAUGAGCAUUGCAGCUCAUCUUGUGGACCCUUUGACUAUGCAGAUUACAUGGCGUGACAUUGCAGGACUUGAUGAAGUCAUAACUGAACUGAAAGACACAGUCAUACUUCCGGUCGAGAAGAGCCAUCUGUUCAAAGGAUCCAAGCUACUUCAGCCACCCAAAGGAGUGUUGCUGUAUGGACCCCCAGGCUGUGGGAAAACUCUUAUAGCCAAAGCAACUGCCAAAGAGGCUGGAUUCCGUUUCAUCAACCUGCAGCCUUCCACUCUCACAGACAAAUGGUAUGGAGAGUCCCAGAAACUAGCUGCAGCUGUGUUCUCUCUGGCUGUCAAGCUACAGCCCUCCAUCAUCUUCAUUGAUGAGAUUGAUUCCUUUUUGAGGAGCCGCUCAAGUUCAGAUCAUGAGGCUACUGCCAUGAUGAAGGCUCAGUUCAUGAGCUUAUGGGACGGGCUGGACACUGACUUCAACUGCCAGGUCAUAAUAAUGGGAGCCACCAAUCGGCCACAAGAUCUUGAUUCUGCCAUUCUCAGAAGGAUGCCCACAAGAUUCCACAUCAAUCAGCCAAAUCUCAAGCAGAGGAAAGAUAUAUUGAAACUGAUCUUGGAAAAUGAGAAUGUGGAGUCUGCAGUGGACUUUUCUGAAAUUGCAAAAGAGACUGAUGGCUUCUCAGGAAGUGACCUCAGAGAGAUGUGUCGAGACGGUGCUUUGCUUUGUGUGCGCGACUUUGUGCACAACCAAGAAAGCCAAAAUGAAGACUACAUCCGUUCCAUCAAGCAACAAGACUUACAAAAGGCAAUCGAGAAGAUGAAGAAGUCCAAAUCUGCAGGCAUGCAAGAUCAAUUUAUGCAUGUACCACUGGACUGAAAGUGAUGCUGCUGUUUUUAGGAAGCAUGCAUCUAGACCAAGUUCUUUUCUUAUUUGUGGCAUAUCAUCAUGCAUCAUGUUUUGCAAAAGGGGGAACUCAGGACCAAUAAAUGGUGGAAUAUUUUUGCCAUUUCUCUGAUCAUAUCUUUUUGCACUGGAAUUUCCUAACUUUUUUUUUCUAUUCAGUCAUGUUUAUCUGAAUGUGUAUUUCUUCACUGGCUGUGGUAGUGUGGUUCUGGUAGUUUAAUUUAACGUCACCUUGUGAGAGGAUGGGCAAUAGUGUAGUCGAUCUCCACUUGUGUAUAAAGCACAUGAUUGAUCGUACAGUCAUUUAUUUUACAUCACCUAUAUGUAUAUGCUACUAUAUGUAGCCUAAAUUUGUGAGCACAGAUAACUGUUCACUAACAUGAUUUCAACUCAACUCAUUUAACUCAUGUUGUUUCAAUAACUGUUUAUUUUGCUGCAGUGAGUAAAAGAUUUGACUGAGAUGUGUUUACAUAUACAGUACAUUGCCCUCUUACAGUGAAAUGUUUAAAUCUUGAAUUAAGCCCAUAUUAGAGGUAAUGCGUAUUGUGUACAGUUGAAGUCAGAAGUUUACAUACACCUUAGCCAAAUACAUUUAAACUCAGCUUUUCACAAUUUCUGACAUUUAAUUGUAGAAAAAAUUCCCUGUCUUUGGUCAGGGAAAUGGAAAUGUCAGAAUAAUAGUUGUGAGAAUUAUUUAUUUCAGCUUUUAUUCCUUUCAUCACAUUCCCAGUGGGUCAGAAGUUUACAUACUUUGUUAGCCUUUAAAUUGUUUAACUUGGGUCAAAUGUUUUGGGCAGCCUCCCACAAGCUUCUCACAAUAAGUUACUGGAAUUUUGGCCCAUUCCUCCAGACAGAACUGGUGUAACUAAGUCAGGUUUGUAGACCUCAUUGCUCACACAUUUUUCAGUUUUCAGCUUUUUCAGUUCUGCCCACAAAUUUUCUAUCAGAUUGAGGUCAGGGCUUUGGGAUGGCCACUCCAAUACCUAGAGCAGUGGCUUCUUCCUCAGAUUAUGUUGAUAUAGGGCUUGUUUUACUGUGGAUAUAGAUACCUGUCUAGUUGUUUCCUCCAGCAUCUUCAGAAGGUCCUUUGCUGUUGUUCUGGGAUUGAUUUGCACUUUUCGCACAAAACUAUUUUCAUCUCUAGGAGAAAGAAUGUGUCACCUUCCUGAGCGGUAUGAUGGCUGCGUGGUCCCAUAGUGUUUAUACUUGCAUAUUAUUGUUUGUACAGAUGACCGUGGUACCUUCGGGCUUUUGGAAAUUGCUCUCAAGGUUGAACCAGACUUGUGGAGGUCCACAAUUUUAUUUUUAGGUCUUGGCUGAUUUCUUUGGAUUUUCCAAUGGAGCAAAGAGGCACAGAGUUUGAAGCUAGGACUUAAAAUACAUCCACAGACACACCCCUAUUUGCCAAUCAGAAGCUAAUUGGCAAAUUGCCUAAAGGAUUGUCAUCAUUUUCUGGAAUCCAAGCUGCUUAAAGGCACAGUUAACUUAGUGUAUGUAAACCUCUGACCCACUGGAAUUAUGAUAUAGUCAAUUAAUAGUGAAACAAUCUGUCUGUAAACAAUUGGUGGAAAAAUGACUUGUGUCAUGCACAAAGUAGAUGUCCUAAACGACUUGCUAAAACUAUAGUUUGCAAAUAUGAAAUCUGUGGAGUGGUUAAAUAAUGUGUUAAUGACUUAGGUUAAAGUGUAUGUAAACUUAUGAAUUCAACUGUAAAUAUUUAUUUGCAAAAUAUUAAAUAUGAUUGCACAAUAUAUUUGAAUUGUUGGAUUGAGCUGUAAACUGUUUCUUUACACAAGCCUUUUGUAUUUGAAUAAGGGGCCAGUGCCAAGCCACUGCUGUUACUCAUCAGUUUGGUAUUAUUCUGGGAUUGCCCAAUGCAUAUAACAUUGUAUAAAAUGACAGUGUAAAUCUCAAGUUUGUACAAAAAGGUUGAAUAAGCAACUAAAUACAUUUCCUGUAAGACAAUAAAUAUGUUUAGGUUGGUCCAUUAAAUAAGGUAAGACAAUAAAUAUGCUCUAGUUCCUUCGUAUUGGAUUCCUCAGGCAAAUAAUGCAUAUGCAUUCAGCACAAAUCAUUUUCACAUUCAUACAUUUUACAGUAAAUUAUAUAUUUGGGAAUGUUUAGAAUUAUAAAACAAUGCCAAACUUGACACAUGAAAGUACAAUGUAAAAUCUCCUUUUUUCACAUCUUAUAAUUCUUACAAAAAAUGUAAUAUAAUUAUUUGUGUAAAAUGUUAUUGAUUACAAGAUGUUCUCCACGGUCAAUAGUAACAAAACGAUAGGGAAUAACUUCAAGAUGAACACCAUUAAACAUUUAAAGUUCCAGUUGAGGUAGGCAAAAUGUUGUUCUAAUUAGAGUCAGGCAUAUUUGGAUUUGCUUGAUUAGACACAAGUCUAUAAAACAUCUGAGACGGCAAUAACUAGUUCAAAUAUGCAUGUUUUCUAUGAAUGGGAUAUUGAAUACACCAUAAUCACACAAAAAAAUUCAGGGGAUAAAUAUAGAUAAGCAUUUAUCUAAAACAAUUGUGUGGUAUAUCAGUAAUAAAUAUAUUUAAAAAGUCUACACUAAAGGUUUGUAGUAAGACACAGUAUAUACAUGCUCUGUGUGUAUAUAUAUAUAUAUAUAUAUAUAUAUAUAUA